GGUUGCGUUCUGGUCUGCGCCCAGAGCCAACGCAUCUUCCUUCUCCUCUCUCCCUCUCUGAUUCGGCAGAUGAGAUUGGUUGGAGAGGGACUGGUGAGGAGGAGCGAGGCGAGAGCAAGCGAAGGAUUCGGGAGGAGUGGCUGCGGCGUCGUCGUCUGCUUACGCUGUCAUCUCUCUUUUUAAUGCCUAGGCGCACAGCACUGAUUGCCAGUUGCCUGCCUGGGCGCCGCCUUCUUCUCCACCCCUCCAGCACCACCACCACACCACUGAGCUCGCUCUUCCACCCCGCCUAGGGUCCGGAGAGACUAGGCGUGAUCAGAGUAAACAGGUUAUUGGCUGGCUAUCAGGGACACGGCAAGAUGUCGGUAGCCAAGAAUGAAGAGGUUUGCACUCAUCAACUUGGACUGCGGUUGGGUGAGCCAGUUGCUGACGUUCCUAUUAAAAAAAGGCCGUUUUUAUUGUCCGAUAAAUCAGUUCCCUCUGCAAUGCCGCUGUUGAUGAAGCCCUCGUCUAAUUCCACGGGGAUGUCUGCCUCGGCUGCUGGGGCAGGCUGUAGCAAUGAGCCUUUCUUGAAUAGAUCGAAAUCUGAUAUUCCCAACAGAUCAUUUACUUCAUCCACGACCGAGAAGCAAGGACUUAAUGUCUCAAGCGAGGUCCCCUCUUGUGGAGGGAGUGUUGCUCCCAUUGCCAAAUCGCAGAGUCAGAAGUUUCUGACGUUGGAUUUACAGUUAGCGUCUCGUCAGAGUGCCAAAAUUAACUCUAUUUCCCCUGUCAAGAAAGAGAAGGUAGAUCAGGGGUUUUCUAUCUUUCCUUCAGCAAUACCUUCCAAGGAUGUUCAAACAACAAGUGCCAUGGAAUCUCCUUCUAACAGUAGCUUGGGAAAACUCUCUAAUUUGGAUCUUAAUGUAUCAUUGCACCCAGUUGAUCAACUUGAAGUCGUGCCUACAAUGCACACAGGUCAUAAUGUACUCCAUCAUACAACAUUUCAGCAUCAGAAGGCACAGGUUCCCCUAGUGGCAUCAUUAUCUACAACAAGCAGCCGACUGAGUAUGAAUAUUGGCAGUACUCUGAACCUGUCCAAUGAAUAUGAAUGUUCUAACAAUAGUGGAGCAGCUGAUGUUACCUUAGAUUUGCAACUUAAACCACCAACUAGACCGGAGCUUGGAAUAAGCUGGAAAGGACUUGCUCCUGAUCCAGAACUAAGCCUCUCUCUAUCUGGUCACACACCCAAGGGUCUGAAUGUUCGCGAUGCUAUAUUUACAUCUGAACCAGUUGGAAUGACCAAAAUUGUCAGCGAGGAGGUUGCUACACCUAUCUCUGAUAAAUCACCAGUCGAGAGGAUUCUGAAACCUGUUCCGUGUAAUGCAAACCCUGACACAGCCAUGCCAUCAACAGUUUCUGGAAAUAUGCAGAUAUUAUCCAGUAGCUUGGUGAAGAAAGAGCCUGAAGAACCUCCACGGAAACAUAUUCAGAACAACAUAAAGAAGCCACCUCUCUGUGACCAGCAAAGUGUUGGACAGGCUAGCAACUGUGCUGAAUUUGAAAAAACUGGCAAUACAUACCAAGUGUGUCAUAAAGCUGGCUUUGAUUUGAACUCUGGGAAUUUCCCAAAUAAUAUCUGCAAUGGACUGGAGGUAGUGACUGAUAGUGUUCCUGUACAAACGGACAAGUUAUCUGAUGUCGUUUGCACUGAGAAUAUGCCUGCUGUUUCUGAUGUUGGGAAAUUUAUCAAGCAUGAAGAAGUCACAACUAACAUCCUGAGUCCUGUGAUUACAACAAUAAGUGGCCCGUCUGUGUCAUCCAUUGCUAAAUCAUUCCUUUCGAAAGGUAAUGUUGCCAGCCCUGCUGUUCGAUUAUGUGAAUUAGUUACUCAGCCCACCAUUUAUACUUCAGAACCUGCAGGCUCUAAUCCUGUCAAGUCUAGAACUGAUUGUAAACCAACAGCUAGUCUUCAUGCUCGUGAAAAUGUGACUCGCAAGCCUUGUGAUACUAAAGAAGCUUGUGAUGUAUCCAGAAGUUCCUCAAACCCUACAGCUGAUUCUUUUGUUUUCAAAUCUCUGCUCCGUCCUGUAUUGGAUGGUAUGUCUCAAGGGAGUGCUUCAAUGGACUGUUCAGAUGACGUUGACAAUGCUGUUUCACAGUUGCCUACUACCAAUAAGCCUCUUGCUGAGUCACUGGUUAACAAUCAAAUCUCUGAGACUAAUUUAAGCGCAGCGCUACAGAAGGAAGUUCAUGAUAUGCAUCAUGACUGCUCAUCUGUGACAAAUAAGGUUCGCAUCCAGGGCCUUGAUGAUGUCAAGGGUGCUAAUUCUAAAGAUGUCAUUGCCACGCACUCUGGUGAGGAGCAUGAAAGUGAGGUUUCUGUUUAUGGGAAAUACAGAGUCAAACAAAUGUUGACAUCAGAAAAGAAUUUACUGAUGAAUAAUACUGAUGUUGCCAUGCAAGAUGUUAAUAUUGCCACGUCUUCAGCAGAUCUUAGAAGAUCACCAUCUUUGGGAACUUCAAGUUCCCCUAAAAUAUACUCUACUGGGCCAUCUCACAAGAAAUUUGAUAACACUGUCGAGAAGAGUAGAAUGCCAGUGAUAAAAUCUGAAAGGAGCCAGUCUCCUAAUGGCAAGCAAGCUGCUAACUGUAGUGAGGGCAAUGGAAAAAUUGGUGCUGUAAAGAGUGAGCAUGGGACAGAAGCUGAAGAUAUUGCUAGAGCCUCUAAUUUGCAGCCAAGUGAUUCAGUUCUGGGUGAAGAAGAUUCACAUCUUGAUGGAGCUUCAACCAGUCAACCACAUGAUGGAAGUACAAAGUUGCAAUCAGUGGGUGAAAGGUCAGAACAUGAAAAAUCCAAACCUGACUCUAGCAUGACAUCUUCUGUACAGAAUGAAAAAGAUGGACAGGUUAAUGAAUCACAUUGGCGAGAUGUGGCAAAUGCGUAUGUGAAUAGGAAUGAAAGAUGGGAGCGGUUCAUGAAAUCUGAGCGAGAGAAGAUGGGAGAGUACCAUGGUGGCAGACAAGCAUACGACAUGAACAAUCAGCGUAGGAUGGACCACCGUUAUGGUGGUCGUGGUGGUAGAUAUCAUGGCCAUCCAAGGAACUUCCGGGGUCCAAGAAUGAACGACGAUUCUGAAAUUGACUUUCCAGAUGAACCUAUUACUGGCAGAAGGCGGCCAUUUGAUAAUGACUUUGGGCAUGUGCACCGAAAUCCGCAUAGGCGGUUACGUUCGCCACCUAAUCAGAUGCCUGGGUUCCUCAUGAGAGGUAUGGAGCAUGACCCUAGGCUGCAGAUGGAUGAUAUCCCAGAUGAGAUGAUGGAAGAGAGGUUUUUCGUGCCCCAUCCCCAUCAACAUCACGCACUAGGUGAUCAUGAAUUUAUUCAUAGGGACAGGAGCCAUUCACCUGGGCAAAGAAGGGGUGCUCCUAGGCAUUUCCACCGGGGACGAUCCUCUGAAACGAUGCACAGGUCACCACCGUUAAACAAAACUGACAGACCAUAUUUACCCCACCAACGUCACAUGCGACGCCGUGUUUCACCACCUUUCGACCGAGUCGGACAUGAUGAGAGAGGUAUGCAGAGGAACAUGAGGAGGUGUGGCAUGCAUCAAGGUGGCAGUGAAGGUGACAACUUUGAGCCACCUUUACAUCCUGCUCAGCUUGCUGAACUACAUGCAGAGGCUGAACAUACAGAAAGAAGGAAGUUUGGGGAGAGGCGAGCGUAUCGCCGGUCCAUGGAAGAGAGCCCUUCCGAUGACGAAGAGAUGCUCUCGUACCACGGAGAUGGUGACAUGGAGUUUGCUGACGGUGAUGGCGGCCCACGGGAGCCUGAUGGCCGCUUCAGGAACAGACCGGAGCACCGGUCGAGGGGCGAGCAAGAAGACGGCGGCUACAAGUACCGUGGUCCUCAGGGUUGUCGUGGUGGUAGCAACUCUAGUGACAGUAAAUCGAAGAAGCGGAGGUACUGACUGAUCUAGUCGUCGGGAACUGCCACCGGUAUGAAGUGAAUCUAGACUAAUACAAUACAUAGUGGCAAGCAUUUUGAUCCAGCCGCCGCUUCUCUUAACCAGAUGAAGAAGUGCUUGCUGAUCAUGCCCCUCGUCCUAUAUUGGUUUCUUUGUUGCGUUUUUUCUCAGGAGAUAUACUGCAGCUUAACAUCCACAUGCAGCCGAAGCUUCUCGAACAUUCCAGAAAUGCUACUCAUAUUAUACUGCUUGGUAUAAGCUGAAGCUAACUUGUCAACAUGGAGGCGAAACCAACGUUUCUGGCUUAAUCAGAGGAUAGUAAAGGGGACGACCUGUCGUUGCUCCUUCCUCAGGAAUUUUCAUUUGCUUUGCUUAAAUUAGGCAAGGAGAAGUGUCUUUAUCUCUGGGCUAAAGCUACUUGCAGUCUCGCAGGGUAUUGGUAGGGCAACUUGUAUUAAAGUGGCUGUCUCUAUAGUUUGGUAUGAUCUAGAAAGGCAGUUGGGAUAGUGGGAUACGGAUGCCCGGUGUGGAUCUGCAUAACUAGAACAUGUUGCUGUCUUGGACCUGACUUUUAUCUCUAUUUAAUGGGUGUGAGUGUCACGCCACACAACACCACCGGGCGAAUUGCAUCGAAUAAAUCUCUUCAGUUCUGGCUUGGCACUGCCUUUUUC